AGAAGAUACCACGCCGACAAUUGUCAGUUUGAAUAUGCGACUUAUUGAAGCAACACAAGCUUAAAAUGUGCGAUAUUAGUAACAAUCGAAAGUUUGUCACAAUUGUGCUCCUCACUCGCCUCGUCCUAGCCCAAAACCCCCAAUACAACAACCCCAAUUACAACACACAAAAUCUCGACUCGCGCCAAUACAACAACCCCAAUUACAACACACAAAAUCUCGACUCGCGUCAAUACAACAACCCCAAUUACAACCCACAAGACUUCGAUAACCGGUUUGAACCCGUGGACGAUAACAGGUUCAACCAAGCCAACUUGGAUCGAGGCCCAACCAGCGAUGUGAGAGCUUUGCUGCAAGCUCUGGAUCUUCAAGGCUCGCAGGAAUGCACAAGAAAUGUCGCCGCCCAAUGGGAUUUUGAGACGAAUGUCAACCAAGCGACGCAAUUGGAGGCCUUGAAUGCGCAACAAGUCUAUUCGCAAUUCCAGCACGGAGUUUGGGAACUUUUGAACAAAGUGAGUCUUCGAAAUGUCCCAAAUCCUUCAGUUGCAAGGCAAAUUAGGUACUUGUCGAUUGUGGGGCCUGCAGCCUUAUCACCUGACCAACUCGAUAGAUAUAAUAGACUGAUCAAUGACAUGCUCGCCAUCUACAACAGCGCCUCCAUCUGCGCCCUCAAGGAGCCCUUCCGCUGCGGGCUUCGUCUCCAGCCCGACUUGACCAACAUUAUGGCCUUUAGCCGAAAUUGGGACGAGUUGCAAUACACUUGGACCGAAUGGAGGCGAAAUACGGGACAAAAUAUCAAGGAUUUGUUCGAGCAAAUGGUUGGGUUGUCGAACGAAGCUGCGAGGCUAAACAAUUUUACCGACACGGCCGAGUACUGGAGCUUUCCCUUCGAAUCUUCGACGCUGAGUCUGGACCUGGAGGACGCCUGGGAGGACGUGAAGCCCCUCUACGAGCUGUUGCACGCCUAUAUGAGGAGGAAAUUGAGGGAUUAUUACGGACCGGAAAGGCUGAAUCGCCAGGCUCCACUUCCGGCGCAUAUUUUGGGGAAUAUGUGGGCGCAAUCCUGGACGAAUAUUUUUGAUAUCAGUCAGCCGUAUCCAGGACAGAAUUUCCUGGAUGUCAGUCCAGAAAUGCUCAAACAGGGCUACACCCCUCUCGACAUCUUUCGUCUCGCUGAAGACUUUUUCGUCUCUCUCAACAUGAGUGCCAUGCCUCUCGACUUCUGGCAAGGUUCCGUCCUUGAGGAACCCCUCGAUCGGGUGGUUCUGUGCCAGCCGUCGGCUUGGGACUUCUGCAACCGUCGCGAUUUUCGAAUCAAAAUGUGCACAAAUAUCAACAUGAAAGAUCUGAUCACCGCCCACCACGAGAUGGCCCACAUUCACUACUUCAUGCUCUACAAGAACCAACCAAAAGUGUUUAGAGACGGUGCUAAUCCAGCUUUUCACGAGGCGAUCGGCGAGGCAGUGGGACUUUCAGUUGGGACACCGAAACAUUUACAAAGUUUGGGAUUGUUGCAAAAUUCGGUGGCCGAUUCCUCGGUUGAUAUCAAUUAUCUGUACUUGAUGGCCCUUGAUAAGGUCGUUUUUUUGCCCUUUGCCUACGUUGUUGAUAAAUGGAGGUACGACGUCUUUAACGGAAAUGUGGGAAAAGAACAGUUUAAUUGCCACUGGUGGCGUUUGAGUGAACAGUAUAUGGGGAUUAAACCACCGGUUUUGCGCUCGGAGAAGGACUUUGACCCGGGUGCCAAAUACCACAUCCCGGCCAAUAUCCCUUAUUUGAGGUACUUUGUGAGUACGCUGCUGCAGUUCCAGAUAUACAGGGCGUUGUGUAGGGCCGCCGGACAGUAUGACCCCGCCGACCUCACGAGACCUCUCCACAAGUGCGAUAUCUACAGGAGCAAAGAAGCUGGACGCAUCUUGACGCAAAUGAUGGAAAAAGGCUCCUCGCUACCAUGGAAGGAGGUUUUGUACCAAACCACCGGCGAGACGCGUCUUGACGGAAGCGCAAUGCGCGAAUACUUCCGCCCGUUGGAAGACUGGCUCAGGAAUGAGAAUCUCAGGACUCAGGAAUUUGUCGGAUGGCUCUACGAUGGCGACUAUUGCAAGCAGAGCAUCGAAACGGCAGGAUUGCAAGUCUACGGCGGUUUUUAUAAUGGUGCAUUCACACGCAAACCGCUUACGGCUACGUUUAUGUUUACGUUAGUCUUGUAUGUAAUAACAUGACUUAAGUUUAAUUAAUUGUAAUUAAUUCUAGUGGGCGUAUAUUGUAUAUAUCUAUUUUGAAUAAAGUUUUUUAAUACGA